GAAUGCUAGGUUUGCCAUGGGGGUACUUUCAUCACAAAGCGGGCAGGAUUUAGUUUGGCGAUUUGCCGAACUUGGCUCGAGAUUAGACGGCUUUUGUGCUAACGCGCCGACACGGGGGAGACGGCGGCUGAUGGCAUCCUCAGCCUCAUGGCAGCACUCGCAUCUCUAUCCUGGCCCAUUGCCGACCCAAAAUACGUUUAUCCAUUUUCCUGUCUCACUGGAAGGCUUUCAUGAGCGGCAGGCGUUCUCCUGCCCCGUCACUCCGGUUUCAGAGCCUGGUGAGGCAGCCAUGUGGGCCGGGCCCUGUUGCAUAUCGUCACAUGCCGGGCUUGACCGUCACCUGUUGCAGCUGGGCCUUCCGCAUCUGCUUCCAAAGAGCGCGCAUGACACCCGCGAGAAGUCAACGGCGGCCCCACAGGUCUUGCAGGGCAUGGAGGAUCGUGAACUGGUUCUUGACCCGUCCUUGGAUGAAGUGCAGGGCGACCUCGCCAAGGUUCUUGCAACGCAGGCGAGAUUGGUAAAUCAGAAGGAGCGAUCUCUCAAGCGGGCAGAAGAUUGGUAUCGUACCGCGGAGAUGGCUGUCGAGGAGGGUGAUGAUGAACGUGCUAAAGAAGCAUGGUCACUACGGCAGUCAGCUCUUCAAGAGGCGACUGGCUUGCAAAACCAGAUCGAUGCAAUGACAGGGAAUGUCGAAGAUGUCGAAGAGCUCUUCGAGUCAGUGAAGGCAUUGGAGGCACGGAGCCCCGCGCGACGCUAGGCACGCGUUGGCAGAGGGCUUCAGGAGGACCGGGGUGCGCCGUGUACCGUGGAAAACGUUUCGCAAGAAUUUACACGGAACAUGCUGACUAGAGAGGAAGUAGAGAAUCCAAUCAAACAGGAGUCUAAGUUGGAUCUCCAAGAUUGCCAGGGCAAGUGCGCUCUGUGCCAUCCAAUUCAGCGAACAAAUUUUGGGGGUCAGCCCAAAAUGCAAUAUUAACAUCAGAGGGCCCCAAUCUUGGCUCUUCCUGAGGAGCGUAGCACAGAUAUGUGAGCGCUGUCACCUGCAUGCACAUGUGGCUGUGAUGAUCCUUUUGGCCGAGAAGAGAGAUCAGUGGAUCAUCGCUGAAUAAGCCAAUGGAAUUUACCUACACAUUGUUCCCAGAGCUUUGGAGCUCGCUCGCCCAACGGUGAAGCUUCAGUG